AUGGCCACAGAACAGGCUGGCGCAGAGUAUGAAGCUCAGCAUGUGCACGAUGUAUACGAGCAAAUCGCAUCUCAUUUCUCGGCCACUCGCUACAAGCCAUGGCCUGUAAUUGAGAAGUUCCUUAAAGAGUUGACUCCUGGAUCUGUAGGACUCGACAUUGGCUGUGGAAAUGGCAAAUACUUGACGGUCAAUCCUGAUGUCUUCAUUGUUGGCAGUGAUCGCUCGCCCUCUCUUGUCAAGUUCGCCUCGUCGCACCAACCGCACGCCGCUGUCGUUUCCGACAUCCUCGAGCUGCCUCACCAGAACCACCACUUCGACUUUGCCAUCAGCAUUGCCGUACUUCACCACCUGUCCACACCAGAACGCCGCGUAGAAGCCGUCCGGACCAUCCUCGACACGCUCAACACUAACGGUAGAGCAUUGCUAUACGUAUGGGCACUGGAACAGAAAGAUAGCAGAAGAGGUUGGGAUGAAGGAAACCAGCAGGAUACCAUGGUCCCGUGGAAGUCUGCCACGCAGACAACUGGUACAAGCCUCGAGCCUGCUGGUGACAAAACAUUCUACCGCUACUAUCACCUCUACCGUAAAGGGGAAUUGGAGCACAACAUCGAGCUGGCUGGUGGCACAAUCGUGGAAGCUGGCUAUGACAGGGACAAUUGGUGGGCUAUUUGCCAGAGAAAACAGACUUGA